CUCUUGUACCUCCAUCGAAGCGUCAUGAAGAUAGACGAGGGACCGUUCCUAUCAGACAACUUUGAUGUCAAUGCGUAUGCGAACGCUGUGCUAGCUGGCCAAAACUACGAUCCAGACAAACCUCAGCCAACGAAGAAGAGUGACGAAAAAGGGGACGUCGGGCUUGAGCUGGCCAAGCUUAACUAUGGAAUUGAAGAUGUGACGAAGCAGCUACGACGCGAGAUCACCUCUUCCCACCCACUCCUCCUGGCUCACUUGACUACGUCCUUGUCCCUCUCCUCCCAUCUUUCCCCCAUUCGCUCCUCUCUCACUUCCCUCUCCUCCUCUCUCGACAGACUCCACGCGAAAAUCCACGAGCCCUAUGAGCAUCUAGCUCUCCUCGUUCGCCGCAUCCAGGUCUUGACACGCGCGUCCGACUUGACUAGACGGGCCGCUCGUUAUGUACUGGUGGUGCGGAGGCUAGAAAACCAAAUGGAGCAGGUCAAGGUAGCUUUAGAAGCCAGCAAGACGACUAAUGAAGACGAGGGUGGGAGGGAGCUGGCAAAAGCCGCGUUGAGCGUAGCAGAGCUAGAUGCCCUGCUUGAACCCGUUCCGGACGAGGAUGUGGUCCCCUUGCAAUCACUCGAAGUCUGCAGAGCUCAAAUACCCAAAAUCGAUAGAGCCAGAGAUACCAUCAUACAGGAGAUGGAGAGCAUGGUAGUAGCUGGUCUUGCAGAUUUAAACCAAGCCCUCCUCUCCUCAUCGCUGCAAACGGCUCAUAACCUUCGUCUCCUGCCGGACCUCGUGUCCAAUCUCUUAGCCGAUCUCAACGAUGCUGUCACCCUCCGUAUACAACGAGCUUUCGAUUCUGCAGCGAUUGGAAAAGAGGUGGCUGGGAAAGCGAUCAAAUUUCGUUCUGCUACGGAGCCAACCAAUUCGACUAAGGACCAAUGGGUUAAGGUCCUGUGGAGUCGCCUCGGACGGGUCAUGGAGGAUAUCACCAACGCCUGCAUCAAGGUGUACACGCUGGAAAAGGUUCUCAAGCUGAAGAAAGACGCUUCGAAUGUGGACUUUUUGACCGAGGUCAUGAAGAGCCUCGACGAGAAACCCAGUUUCACCUUUUGGACCAACCUGGCUCAAGCCUUUGAAACUCAGAGCAAGGAGACGAAAUCCUCCGCUUGGCUUCAGCAAGCGCUCAGCGCUGGAUACCCUCGACUGUUGCGACUGUUUCACGACUUCUUUGCCAAGAUCGCGGUACAUACAGACACCGUGUACACGACAGAGCAUCAAAGUACCGAGGCCGUAUUGGUGUUGCGCUCGGUGGCUGUCUUUGAGACACUCUACCUGACGCGCUCGACUACCCGAAUGAACGACAUUGUCAACGCAGCGACGACCUUUUUGUCGGGUCGAGGGGUCCCUCCUGGUCCGGCGGAAGGUGUCAGCAUCGCCAGAGUCGUGACGAACGAGCUCGACUCGGCACGAUUUGACCCGCUGCUCGCCAGAACAGUGGCGAGGAACGCCGUCAAGGUGCUCGAUACACUGUUGAGAAAGCUCGAAGGAGCAAUGGUGCGAGAUUUCACAGCCACGUCUGUAAUUGGACCUCAGGCUACACCUGCUCAGUCGCUCAACGCCCAAUUGGUCAGCUGUAUUUACCAUUGUCGAUACAAUCUGCUCUUUGUCCAGCAAGAGUUCACACCAAACAUCUGGCAGAUAGUCCUUCCCGCGAUCGAAGCGUACGAGAAAUCCUACAAGGGAAUCCUCGCCGCCUUGGACAUUGUGAUCAAGCGGGAAAUGUCGUCCAUCCUCUCACGGCUUCACAAGGUCGACUUUGCCAAGCCUGUCGAACACAUGGGAGGGAAUGCAUACAUGGAAGACUUGAUCGACAAGAUUGCUUUUAUCAAGGGGGAGCUACUUGGGCGAAUGUCUUUGGGCGAUGCCAUGAGGGAACAGGUCCUCGAACUGAGCCGAUACAUCUUACGGACAUUCCUCGUUCACGCCAGUAUCGCUCGACCGCUGGGGGAGAGCGGCAAACUCAAGCUGACGGGCGAUAUGACAGAGCUCGAGGUGGGCGUGUCGAGCUUGUUAACUGUUGGACAGAUCCAAGGACAACGUGGCGGGGUAAAGAUAGACCAAGUGGGAGAGGAGUAUCUGGCCCUGCGGGCGUUCAGACAACUGCUCUUCUCCGACAUUUCUUUGACCAAUCCUGUCGAGACGGUCCACCUGCCACCCCUCAUCAUCCUCCAUCACAUCAUUGUCUUAUCGCCCUUGCUUCUGCCACAUCAAGUCCAUCAUUGGACUGAAUCAGAGUAUGUCUUGUGGUUGCAAAAGCAUGAGCCUGCUCAGCAGUUGGAUCUGCUGGAGAAAGCUGUAAACGAUCAAGCGGUGGAGGGCGAUACUGCGGCGUUGAUAAAAGAGGUGUUGGCGCAGGCAGAGUAGCGGAGGCAUUUUUAUGCAUUUCCCACUCUUAUCA